GCAGCCUUCCAAACUCAAAUGUCAACCUCAAAACCUCAACCUCAGGACGGGAAGCAAGUGUCGCCUCUCAUCAGACCCAGAAGCAGGACUCGGAGCCCCCAAGCCCUUAAGCGCCGUCGCCCCCCCAAUCUCGUCGAGGUUGAGGACACGCAGUCUGUCAACUCUUCACAGUCCUUCAACUUAGUCCCCGCUGAAGGGCAAUGGACUUUUCACAGAUACCCAAAAUUCGGCGUCAGCUCCGCCAAAUGAGGAGCAGGCUAUCUGCAUUCUCCGAGACGGGAGAACAGUAUCAGCCGCUCAACAAGGGCACGACAAGCUCCACCGCCGGUCAGGGUUGCGUCAACCGAACAACAGGUGCCAACUCACCAACGCCAAAUUUCCUGGACUUGUGUCGACCUCCUGGGAAGGUGACGCAAAAGUACGGCAAGUCCAAAAACCGACAACGCCAGGUUCUUGCGCCGAAAUCGCCGUCACUCCUAGCCUCAUAUGUCCAGGGGGAUAUGAUGAACCUCGCGUCGCCUAUCCGUCGACAAACACUUGGCUUUCAGGAGUAUUUCCGGGAAGUCGCUAGGAAUGUUUGGGGGUCCCAUCACGCGAAGGAGGUGUCUGCUACGUAUCGGGAUGAUGAAAACAGUCAGCAUAUUCUUAAACCGGAGAGAGUCUCUAGUUUGGCCGAGCUCUCCGCAUUUGCCCUCGCGAGAAAUCUCCCGUUGGCGACUACGGAUAAUGAGGAGGAUUUGGGGUUGGAGGAAGAGUGGUAUGAGGCUGUUCCGCCACAUCACAGGAGAGCUGUGUUAUGGGCGCAUAUCAUCGAAUUAUGCAAAGCUUUCAUCCCCAGUGCGAAGGUCCUAGUACCCGUCGUCGAUGCCUGCAUCAACGCGCAAGCUCCCCAGCAGGCUUGGGAGCUCCUUGUCUAUUUCUGGUCUCUCCCAGGUGGCCGGACGCUGCACGACAUGGCAUGGUCUUUCUCCGUCGCCAGUCGCCUGACCAAAUCCACGGAAUGGGUUCACACGGUUGGACGUCAACUUCGAACCUCCGAGUGUCAUCUGAUCGAGGAUGUCCUUGUGCGAAAGUACCUGGACGGGUGUCAAUCAGAACUGUUGAUUGUACACGGCCUGCGAACUCUCCUCAACAUGGACAACCAGAACAUGACGACUUCGCAGACACGCAUCAAUCCCUGGAUCCGGAAACUGCUGCGUCAUUCAUGCGUGUCAUGUUCCCAGCUGUACGAUUGUCUCUGCACGGCUACGAUUCUGGAAAUCUGUGCGCGGAUCGACAGUAUGCCGUCGGAACUGUCACCAACGUAUAGACUAGCGUUGCUAUGCCGAGGCACUGAGCUGGUGGAUAUGAUCACACCGUCGGCGUUGCUAAAUGAGCCACCGGAAUGGGUCGGCCAUCUCCGGGACCAUAACCACCUCCACGAUCUUGACGAAAUGGUCGCGUUCUACCCGACAUUCCAAGCGAUGGGCAACGUGCGGCAAGCUUUAUUGGCGAUCGAUGCGAUUCCGCUGGCGAGGAAGAUAAACCUUCUGAUGCUGAAUCAUUAUGAUACGUUGGCGAAAGGGGCGGGACAUGUGCCGCUAAUUGAGGAGUUGAAAGCUCAGCUGGAAGUGCAGGCGACGCCGAGGCCGGAUAAGACUUCUAGAUGGAGGUACGAGCCCUUACUCCAAACAUGGAUAGCCAGCACGCCCUUGCCCAACGGAACGAACACACAAAAACCCUCCACUCUCCCACACCCAUCCCCAAUAUACGCUCGAACCCGCUCAUUCAUUCACAAAACAUCAGCACAGCACACGCCCCCACGCCAAUUCCACUUCCUCGACAAGAAAAACCGACCCAGAGUACGCACUUUACCCCCGACACAUAACACUGCGUUUUUCAACCCAUCAUCCAAACGCGCUGCUGAGGCACUGUGGGAACCAGACACACCCGUCUCCCGCCCAGCCAAACGAUCCCAUAUCGAUCCGGCGUGUACACCACCUGCACCUGUUCUAAGGAGGCAUAUGUCGGAUCCGGGCGGCGGGCGGGGGAGGAGGACUGUGGUUGUAAAGGCCGGGGAUAUGACGGCUGGGGAUCUGCAGUAUAUGGCUUCUGAGUCGUUGGGGGAUACUGACAACGCGCCGCUGGAGAUGAGGGUUGUGGAGCCGUUGCCGAUGACGAUGGAGGAGGAUGAUCUUGCGUUUUGAUGGAUGGUUGGUGGGAUGACUAUCCGGUGGGGAGCACGUGGAUAUGUAGGGGUACUUUAUGGAUGUAUUAUUGAGGAAUAUAUGGCAGCGUAUUUCUUUUUUGGCAUUUGAUUGCGC